AUGGAAUUGCUUUGGGGUCUUUUAUUACUGCCUUGUAGUUUGCACGUUACAUUCUUAGAGCAGCCACGCACUCUCUUUUUUCCAUGCAUCCGACCUAACAACAAAGAGAGGUUUCUAAUCUUUUUCAUGCCAUCACUUCAAGCACCGCAAAAGUUAAUACCACAGGUAUUUCAGCCAAUAAUACUGAUCCCUUUAAUAAUUCGUUUGCCUUUAAACACUGCAGUGCAUUCUGGUGGUGUCGUAUUUCUUAGCCAUAAUAGCGAUGAAGGCUUUCGUUCCACUCCUUGCUUUUCCACACCCCGCUAUCACGUGUGUGUGUCUGUGUGCGCGGCUUUCAAGAUAUCCCCUCAUUACUUUCCAUGGCUUUCCUUCUCCAUUUUCUUAUUCAGCGGCCGUGAGUGCCUCAGUUUCUCCACUCAUUCAACACAACAAACAGUUUUUUGCGACUACGAUGCAAAUAUAUAA